AUGAAUUUUAGGGAUGAUUCCCGUUCCCCAUCGACGACAGCUGUUGGCAAACGUUGGGUUCCUCCUUCAAGCUUGAGACGAGAUGCGCUAUCCCCUGAUGAACAAGAUGAUUUGGUCUUCCGCAAAGUGCGAGGCCAUCUCAACAAGCUCACCCCUGAAAAAUUCGAGAAGCUAAGUGAAGAUAUUCUGAGCAUCGGACUUAAUUCCCCGAAAACCCUGAGUGGAGUUAUCUUUUUGAUCUUCGAAAAAGCUCUCGAUGAACCGAAAUACAGUUCUAUGUACGCACGGCUGUGCAAGCUGUUGUCGGAACGUGCGCCGAAUUUCGAAGGUCCAAAGUCAUCAUGCAACACCUUCGAGAAGUUGUUGCUUAUGCAGUGUGAAGAAGAAUUUCGCAACCGCGAAAAAGCUACUGAGAAGUGUUCCUAUCGGAAACAUGGGCCUCUCACGCCUGAUGAAGAGGAGCAACGACAGAUUGCCAAGCGCAAAAUGUUGGGAAACAUCAAAUUCAUCGGCGAGCUGGGAAAGCUUGAGAUGGUCAAGGAGCGCAUAUUACACAUGUGCAUUGAAACAUUGCUACGAAAGAAGAGGCCCUCGCCUAUUAACGAAGCAUCACGGGGUAAGCGCAGUGCGGAAGGAUUGGAAAGCUCGACGGAGGUGGUCAGCGGAAAAGAUUUGGAAUGCCUCUGUCAGAUAAUGAGAACUUGUGGCCGGCUGUUGGAUACACCUGCAGCCAAGGGUUAUUUUGACCAAUACUUCGAGAGAAUGGACCAGCUGUCUAACAACACGCAGUUGCCAUCUCGUAUAAGAUUCUUACUUCAGGACGUUUUCGAACUGAGGAGGAACAAGUGGGUUCCACGGAAAGUUGCUUUUGAACGUGGACCACAAACCAUCCAAGAGAUACGCCAAGAAGCCCUCAGAAACAAUGGGGUGCUCAUGACCAAUGAUCGACGUAAUCUUGGACCAGUCAGCCGCGGAGUGCUUGGACCAGUUUCAGGGACCAUUUUUGGCAACAUGAGUGGGCUCAUGGUGCGCGGACAGCUCAAGAGUGGUCUUGAUGACGUUUUUGGAUCCUUGCCUAUAGGCACACUAGAACUUGGCACUGGGCCUGGCGUGAUUAAUACUGACUUUAAUUUCAACAAUGGAUUCCAUACGGGAAGAUCCAAAUCAGGAAUGUUCGGACGAGACGGUGGUGGAUUUAUGAGUAAUCGAGACGGAGGAAAUUUUGGAAAUUUCCAGAAAGGACGUGGCAAUAGUGGGCCACAGUCUUUUGGACAGAAUUCUUCGAUGAAUGGAAACUAUGGAGGAGCUUCAGGAAAGCAACAGGUGCCCCCCAGAUUUCAGAGGAAGAUGCAGCAUCACGGUGGCGGUUUGGGAGGAGACGGAUCUGCCGACAGGUCGUCCCCGGAUGAGGAAUAUUCUCUCCGUCCACCAGCUGAAUCCAUUAUGCUGAAACCGAAAACUCCGAGCUUCAUGCCGAAGUACGGCACCUCCUCCAAUCGAGCCGGUGCCACUGCGUCUCCACCGCCCGAGGUGGGAGGAGCGAAACCUCCCAACCAGAUUCCUACAGUGGUUACGAUGAAACCGACACCGAUUGAAAUCAAAGCAGCUCCCAAACCCGGGAAGAAGGACAAAGGGUUGUCGAAGGCCGCAAUUUUGGCUAAAGUUGGAUCAUUGUUGGACGAGCUGAGCGACAUUGAUGUAGCCUUCAAUGCUUACAAGGAGGUGGCGAUCCCGGAAAAAUUCGGCGGCGAGGUCGUGACCGAAAUUCUCAAACGGUCUAUGAAAAGUGUCGAAACCGAAGCGGCGAAGAAGUUCUUAAUGAGGUUGCUUGAAGAGAAAACCGUUUCGGCGAACCAUUUGCAAGAGGGCCUGAAGUCCGUGACGUUGGAUUGGGAUGCCAAAUCGCACGAUGUUGCGAAAUUGGGUACGGUGAUCGCAGAGCUGGUUGCGAAGGAUGCGUUGCCAUUGCCUCUGGUGUUCGACGCCUUGGAGGGAGGAUCGGCCUGGCCUUUGGUGAUCGACGUCAUGACGAACUUGAAAGGAGCGAAGUCCGAGGAUUGGUUGCGCGAGACUUGUGAAACCUCCAAGUUUCCGUUGAUAAAUCUACUGCCAGUCGGCUCGAAAUCCAAGGAACAGCUCGCAUCCGUGUUGGACGGCGCGGAACUAUCUUUCUUGAUGCCGCUGUUACGCGUGCAACGCCAACUCACUGCCGCGUUGGAGGCGGACUCAUCGCCCACAUCCUUCUACCGAUACAUUAAGGACUGUCUGGAUGAGAGCCUGUUCGCGGAGCUGACGUUCGUGUUUGCGCUUGUGUCGGUCGUCGUGCGACACAUAAUCGCCGUCGCGGCCGUUGAGGGCGACGAAGUGAGCGUAAAAGCCAAGGAGAAGGACGUGCUGGACAAGUUUGCGCCGGUGAUCAAGGCGUUUCUUGGGGAGAAGACCCGUCUCCAGGUGGCUGCUGUGUACGCGUUGCAGUCUGUCAGCAAUGCCCAUGGAUUCCCCAAAGGAAUGCUGCUGAAGUGGUUCAUGAUGUUUUACGACCUGGAGAUUGUGGAGGAGGAAUCAUUCAUGCAUUGGAAGGAGGAUAUCAGUGACGAGCAUCCGGGGAAAGGGCAAGCUCUGUUUCAAGUGAACCAGUGGUUGACUUGGCUGCAGGAAGCCGAUUCGGAUGAUGGCGAAGAGGAAAAUGACGAAAGCAGUGUUAAUUAACGACCAAUCCUCUUUUAAGCACUUUCAUUGAUACUUGAUAUUAGGCACAACCGGCUGGAUAAAAGGAUAUUCAAAACCGCGGCUUCGAUGCGUGGAACGCACUGAGUCGACCCCAACUUCUGUCUGGAGGAAGUUUCCCUGCUUUUUCUUUGACACUGUGAGUCGACCUUUUCUUUUACCCUGGUUACGACCAAACUGAUCGUAUCCUGCUCAAAGGUUUUUUUCUGAAUCUUCACGUUGAGGAUGCAGAUGCUCUUGCUUCUUCGAACUUGGGGUCGUUGCAGUGCGAUGCACAAGGUGUGGGGUGCGUUGUUUUGGGAAGUCUGGUCUUAGAAAAGCCUACUUGAUAUUCUCUCCAUGCCGCACCGAGGAAAAGUUACUCAUAGCCAUUCCAGCGAGGUCCUUACGUUACUCACAGUGAUCCGCCUAUUCUUAACCAAGGAAUCGAUUUCUAAUUUUAGCGAAAUUUCUCAUGCUUAAUUUUUUGCGCUCUCCCGCGUAGAAGAAAUCCUUCCCUUUUUCCUCUGGCGAUUAAUAUUAUCGACGCGUUGCAUUGUGCCAGGGCUUUUAUCUUCUUUUUUU